GAUCAAACAUGCACUGACUUCUGGUCACGCCAUUUUUCUGUCUAGUUGCGAAGUUUGCAGAUGUUUUGUUAUUGCUAAACUGACGAAAAAAAAUCCUCUGUAAUAGUGAUUUAUUUUCUAUUGUUGGAGAAGAAUAAAAACUUUGAAAAUGAAACAAUGUGCUUCCGAUAUCAAACGUGAACGUAACGAAAAUCACAUCCCCAACAUUGCCGGUGAAGGGUGUUACUUAAAGCAGCUACCUGCACCAACCAAUACCGACGCCUGUCUGCUAUGGUCUGACGGAAUUAGCCCGAACGAACGAGUAUUCUAUCAUCAAACCCUCUGUUCUGCUCGGAGGGCAGCAAAUUUUUUAACUUUAGGACCGAUACCUCGAGACUCGUUAGACAUCAACUUAGCCUCCCAGUAUGAUCAUUCGACCGAAUUGUUCAAAGGAAAAAACGAAGUUGUUCUGCAGGAGGAAACCCUUGGCUGUACAACAUUCCGUCGGUUGCGAAACACUCGUGAUCUAAGCCCGGAAAAGAUAAUCCCGCUUAAACAUCCACUUCACAUUGGUGGACUGAGAGAAAAACCUUCGCCCAACAGUGUCAAGCUUAUGAACAUUGGACCACACACUCCUCUCACCAAUCCAGGCUAUUCUAGACAAACUGGAGAUGGUAACUUCUUUAACUAUUAAAUCUUUUUUAGAAUGUUCGGAUAAAAUAAAUUUCUUACCAAUGCCAUUAUGAUGCAGAACUUCAAUUACGAUUUAUUUCGUUGGUUCUAUCCAUUCAUAUAGUUAGUAGUUAUUUCGUGUGUGUUCAUUAGCUUAAAAUAUAGCAUUUACUUGAAUAUAGUAGCAGAAAUGAAAGAUU